UUAAACAAUCGUCACUCUAAUUUUCCAAUCUUUACAAUAUGCUAUUGUAAACUUUAGAUAUUUCAAAACAAGACUUUAGCUAAUCAUAUAGUUAUCAAAGUUCUACUACGUCAGGUUGCAAAGAUAAAUCCAUUAGAUAAUCACCAUUACAAAUGCAUAAUAUAAUUGAUGUGCUAAAAGUGAUAUAGUUUUAAAAUGCUAGAAUAAGUUCUCAGAGUUUGUGCGGCGCCUUUGAAAAUAAAAAAAAAACUUUAAAGCUCUUGAAAACCGAACCAACUUAGAAUUGUCCAUCAAUAAGGAGAACAUAUCUUUAUAAAAAUUGAAGGCCAAUAAAAUUUUUUUUUACGUACAAUAACUCAUGUCGUAUCUAUCAUGUGAGAAUCUCCGAUCUGGCCCCGAAGUAAGGUUUUGAUUCAGGGCACUAUGGAAGAUAUUUAUCUGAUAGAAGGGAACCAGACCAAUUCCAGUUUAGAAGAAGUUCUGCUUAUUGAGAAUUCAACCUACUGCCUGCAUAUUCAGCUUAGUGCGUAUAUAAGAUGUUAUGGAUUGGAUGAGAAGGAUUAUCUAAAGAUCAGUAAUUUAAUUGAUGACUAUUGCUGGCAUGAAGAAAGAAAUAUGUUUAUUAUCUGUAAUCCUACUCUACCCUUAUAUCAGAUUCCUGAGUUAAUGGUUCUUGUACUGUGUGUACUGUAUGGUUGUGUAGCUGUUUGUGCAUGCGUGGGAAAUCUUCUGGUUGUGUACAUUAUUAUGGCCUCUAGGAGAAUGCAGACCGUGACAAACCUCUACAUUGGAAAUCUAGCAAUGGCUGACAUUAUUCUUGCAAUUUUUUGUAUUCCUUUCCAGUUUCAGGCUGCGUUGUUACAAAGAUGGAAUCUACCGGCAGUACUCUGUAAACUCUGUCCUUUUAUUCAGAUUUUAUCGGUAAAUGUAUCUGUUUGGACCCUGCUUGGAAUAUGCUUGGAUAGAUUUAAAGCAAUCAUUUAUCCACUCAGACUCAGACAAACUAAAACUAAAGCUUGGAUAAUAAUCAUAAGUAUCUGGGCACUAGGAUGCAUUUUAGCCGUUCCCUGGGGUAUUGUACAUAAAUAUCAACAGGUAAUGGAUGAAGUGAAUGGUGGAUUAAAACCAUUCUGUGCUGUUGAAUGGACAGUGGAUCAAGAUGAAAUUCAUUCAUGGCAAUCAGAUGUUUUUCAGGUGUACUGCAUUGUACUAUCUGUACUUGAGUACUAUGCCCCAAUACUUGUAAGCUCUAUUUGCUAUUCCAAGAUGGCGCAUAAACUAUGGAUUCAUAAAACACCAGGACAGGCUGAUAUAAGAAGAGAUGACAGAAUAAAUAAGAACAAGAAAAAGGUUAUCAAGAUGUUGGUUGUUGUUGUUGUUGUGUUUGCUAUCUGUUGGUUACCCUGGCAGCUGUAUCAUGUUGUUGGUAUUCUCUACCCAGCUAUAAAUAGGUAUAAAUAUAUAAAUGUUGUUUACAUCAUCUCUCACUGGUUGGCCAUGAGUAACUCCUGUUAUAAUCCGUUCAUUUACGCAAUUCUCAGUGAAAAGUUUCAGCGCGAAUUCCGCGUCCGACUCUCAAGAAUAUUUUGUCGAAGUAACGAAGACGACUCAACUGUUCCGCGCACAGACUCAGAUCUGGAGCAAACUGACAACUCUGCCAGAACAUCACGAGUUUCAAGACAUUUUAGUCGUAUAUUCAGACAACAAACUUAAUCAAAUUAAUAAUUAUUUAUUUUCAUGGAAAAAGGAAGAUGAGUUGGCAUUUUAAAUUUUAUCAAAUAAACAAAAUUAAGCACUUAAAUAUCACUUCUAAAAGUAUAAAUGGUUAGUUAAAAUUACUCUAAAAUCUUUUUUAAUGAGACAAUAUUUUUACAUUUUUAAAUCCUUUUUAGUUCCGCCAGUUUUCUUUCUUUUUAUAUUUUCAUUCUGGGAGCAAACAUUGUAAUGAAGUUAAAAUCCUCGGCUUUCCUCGCUUCCUCGGUAACUGCAAUCAGGAUUGAGGAGUACUGCAGCGGAUUCAAUCAGAAACCACGUGGAACAUUUCAAAUCAAAAUGGCUGUUUGUCAUAACUCCAAUAAAGUAAAUUUAAUGAAAAACAAAAAGUAGUUGAAUAUUGGUAUACUAUAUAAGUUGAACCGGUUUCACAUCAUCCAGACAGAACAAACACUAAGCCGAGAGAAUAUCAGAAAUAUAUGACGACGACAUUUAAACAUUUAUUUUCUUUAUUAUUCCUGCGAGGUGGGGUAAGCAUUACAGUUAAACUAUGCGAGGUGGGGAAACUUUUUUUAUUAAGAGCCACUUUUAAGAAAAUAAAAAUAAUUGAUUCAGAGAAUAUAAAUAAAUAACAAAUAUUUUAGAACAAAAUUUAGUUAUAGUUUAUAAAUUAUAACAAUUUAAAUGCUUAACUCCCUUAGAUUUUUGAACUGAAGAAUUCUUAUAUUUUAUAUAUUAUAUAAUAUGAAAACAAAAAAUGCCAAAUAUACACAUUAAGUAGUUUUUAUUGUACUGAAAUUUUUUAAUAUCACAAUUUCCUUACCAAUCAUCAUGGAAACAUUACAUAAAUUUUAGAUUUUAUUGAUUCUAAUAAAUAAAAAAUAAUAAUUUUAUCUUACUCUUUGUAUCCAAUACUGUCAAUACGGUUGAACCGAUUGGACCCAAAUUUUGUGAGACCGCACAUGGCCCUAGGGAAGGUUUAUGAAUGAACAAAAU